GGUUAGUCGCCGUCUGCCGUGUAACCUAGAGGGUCAAAUUGAUAUUGACUUUCUGGGGAAGGUAAGUUCCUAUCUCCGCGUCAAACUUACAUGCCCCAAGACCUACGCCUAUCCUUCCAAAGUUGGCACGAUCUCGAACCAAAAGGCCAUUAAAAAAAACAGGGGACCCCACCUCGGUCUAUAAAGCUUCAGAUUUUCUACCCCCCAUCAUAAAGCAUAAGAUUACUAAUAGAUCUCCCCAUCUUGUAUACAUUAUAUAUCACACCUUUUCCUGUUUACUUUUAGACUUGGGUCAUAGGUUGGUUCUUCAUAUUAUAUAUUUUACUUCUAUCCUAUCCUAUCCUAUUCCGUCGAAUCACACCCAUCACCAUGACGCGAAUAGUCUUAUCGACGGGGAACGUCAUCCUCAGUGGUCCCUCCAUCAUCCGAAAGCCAGGCACUUACCGAUCCAACUUCGAAUUCACAAACUCCCUACGGACCAACUUCAUAGCCGCUCAGCAGGACUACGCUGCCGCUUUACCAAAUGGUAACGGUCAUGCUUCUCAUCAGCCAAAUGGAAAUGUAAAUGGAUAUAACAGCAGACCGGCACCGGAGGUCUGGACCGCGAAAGAGGAAGAUACCUUAUACAUUCCGCGCAUUGACUGGGAAUCGGCUGGCCUACAAGAAGAUCGCGCGCAGUACGAGAUAACCGCGAAAUUAUUCUUCCUACCCACAGCGCCGGCCGAGAAACGAGAAAUCUACAUCAACGACGCAUUGCGACUAGUCACCAAGGAGUUAGGAAUAAGCGACGUUGAUCUUCUCAUAAUCUCUUUCCCUGGUAUAUCAUUUGAGGGAGAAUGUGAAUUUGAAGCCGACCGAAAGAAUGCGACUAUGGGCAACGACGAUGAAGAAGCUGCGACGUGGGGUCCGUUGGAAAAAUUGCAAGAGCAGGGCAAGAUAGGCCGACUCGGGGUUGCCGAAUUCGGCACCGAGAAGCUAAGACGACUUAUAAAUAAAGUCAAGGUUCGGCCAGCGGUCGACCAGAUCAACAUAAAGAACUGCUGCAAUGUCCCUCCACCUUUAACAAAACUCGCCAAGAACGAGAACAUCGAGUUGCUCACCCACCACGAUUCUACGGAUAUCUUACCUAGCGGCACCUUGCGGGAACUACUUGGCCAAGGUUCGCAAGGCGCAGGUGUCCUAGCAGAUAACGGGUUGAGCGGUAUUAAGGGAGAAAUCACCCCUGAGUGGGUUGUCAAAUACACGGCAUUCGUCAAGGACCGGGGAGUCAUCGAGAAUAAGGGCUACUUCGCAGGCGCGGAGUUGGCAGGAGAAGCAUAAACAAGACGCGACAUCCGUCUUUUCUAUCGCAUUGUUUAAGGGAACAUAGCAUCGUUGGUUUGGCAUUGCUUGCAUUAGAUUAUGAGUAUACAUACCUAGGUAGCUGUAGCUACCCAGGUCUAGAAACGUAGCAGUUAUCCUAAUCUAGGAACAGAUACUUCGAAUACGAGACAUUAUCUAUGUUCGCAUCGUGUCAAAUUAAAUAGCCAUAUCAAUAUUCUUC